CCAGCGCGCGCGCGCAGCGUCGGAGGCGGUUGGUAUCCGAGAGUUGACGAAGCUCGAUUCGAGGCAAUUGUUUCCAGUCAGAGAAGGAAACCAGAGCCUGGCAUUCUCAUCAGCUUUUCACCUGCCAUGAUUAAGUGCUUGUCAGUUGAAGUACAAGCCAAACUGCGCUCUGGUUUGGCCAUAAACUCCUUAGGCCAGUGUGUUGAGGAACUUGCCCUCAACAGUAUUGAUGCGGAAGCAAAAUGUGUGGCUGUCAGGGUGAAUAUGGAAACCUUCCAAGUUCAAGUGAUAGACAAUGGAUUUGGGAUGGGGAGUGAUGAUGUGGACAAGGUGGGAAAUCGUUAUUUCACUAGUAAAUGCAACUCAGUACAAGACUUGGAGAAUCCCAGGUUUUAUGGUUUCCGAGGGGAGGCCUUGGCAAGUAUAGCUGACAUGGCCAGUGCUGUGGAAAUUUCAUCCAAGAAAAACAGGACAAUGAAAACUUUUGUGAAACUGUUUCAGAAUGGAAAAGCCCUGAAAGCUUGUGAAGCUGAUUUGACCAGACCAAGUGCCGGGACAACAGUAACAGUAUAUAACCUAUUUUAUCAGUUACCUGUAAGGAGGAAAUCCAUGGAUCCCAGACUGGAGUUCGAGAAGGUUAGGCAGAGGAUAGAAGCACUCUCACUCAUGCACCCUUCCAUUUCUUUCUCUUUGAGAAAUGAUGUUUCUGGUUCCAUGGUUCUUCAGCUCCCUAAAGCCAAAGACGUGCGUUCUCGAUUUUGUCAGAUUUAUGGACUGGGGAAGUCCCAAAAGUUAAGAGCAAUAAAUUUUAAAUAUAAGGAGUUUGAGCUUAGUGGCUAUAUCAGCUCUGAAGCACAUUACAAUAAAAACAUACAGUUUUUGUUUGUGAACAAAAGACUAGUUCUAAAGACAAAGUUACAUAAACUCAUUGACUUUCUAUUAAGGAGAGAAAGUAGCAUCUGCAAGCCCAAGAAUGGCCCUGCCAGUAGGCAGAUGAAUUCGAGUCCUCGGCAUCGUUCUGCUCCAGAACUCCAUGGGAUAUAUAUAAUCAAUGUGCAGUGUCAAUUCUGUGAGUACGAUGUAUGCAUGGACCCCGCAAAAACUUUAAUUGAGUUUCAGAACUGGGAUACUCUUUUGAUUUGCAUUCAGGAAGGAGUGAAAAUGUUUUUGAAGAGAGAAAAAUUAUUUGUGGAAUUAUCGGGUGAGGACAUUAAGGAAUUUAGUGAACAUAAUGAGUUUAGUUUAUUUGGUGCUACUGUUCAGAAACAUGUGUCCUCUGAUGACAAGCAUGAGCAGGGCAUUUUCCAGGAAGCAUGUAAUAAUAUUUUGGAUUCCUAUGAGGUGUUCAAUUUGCAAUCAAAAGCUGUGAAAAGAAAAGCUACUAUGGAAAACAUAAACACACAGAAUUCAAGGGAUUCAGAAGCUCUCAGGAAAAAUACAAGUGAUUCAUUUUUGAACAUUUGUGAAUCAGAUGGCCUAGGCCAUAGUAAAAGGACAGAGUCAUCUGUACAAAACAAAGAUAGCUUUUGCUCAGAAUCAAGGAUGUUAGAACAACAGACAAUGGAAACAACAGAAUCAGGAGAAAAUAAGAAACAUAAAAAAUGUUGCUUGGAGCAUCACUCUUUAGAAAAGCCAUGUGGGACCAGUUCAGAAAUGUUUUUAAGCCCUUUUCAGGCACUUCAUCACUUUGAGGAGAGUGGGAUGAAUCGAGAGGUACAGAAAGUACCUACGGCUGCCCACAUCUUUGAAAAUAAUAGGAUUCAGAAUCAAAUAGAGCAAUUUAAAGAUGCCACUGAAAUGGGAUGUCAUCCUUUGCCUUUUGAGACAACAUUAUUCAGAGUACAUAGUGCUCAGAAAGAGAAAAGAAAAAAAGAACCUAGUAGUUGUGGAGGAAUAAAUGUUUUUAGUUAUGGACAAGUUAAAUUAUGUUCCACUGGCUUUAUAACUCACGUGGUACAAAAUGAGCGAACUGAAUCAACUGAAACAGAACAUUCAUUUAAAAAUUAUGUUCGACCUGGUCCCAUAAGUGCCCAAGAAACAUUUGGAAAUAAAACACAUCAUUCAGUUGAAACCCCAGACUUCAAAGAUUUAGUCAACACUUUAAAUAAAGAUUCUGCUGAACUGCCCAACAACAAAUUUUGCAGAACAAAUUUAAGUUACGGACUAAGGAACAAAACUAUAACAACUUCUAAAAAUUUUCCUGUUUUUCAGGAAGGUAGUAAAAAUUCAUAUGCAGCUUGCUCAUUACCUGAUACAUCCUCUGCUUUCCCUUGGUGUAGACAUAUUUCAAAUGGUAGUAAGAAAACAGAUAAAGUGAUUGUUUCCUCCAAACCCAUAGUGCAUAAGAAGCUAAGCUUGAGUUCACGACUCGGAUCUUUAGAAAAGUUUAAGAGGCAAUAUGGGAAGAUUAAAAAUCCCCAAGAUACAGAGGGGAAUAAUAUUGAAGUAGAGGAAAAUAAUAUUGAAGUCACUACCAAUCUCAGUCCUCAAAUUGAACCUGACAUUCCACUGAAUGAUAAGAGCCACUUGGACAACUCUGAUAUUUAUAAAAUCACUACUGUGAAGCAUGAUGAUCCAAAUAGUAGUUGUCAACCAGUAGGUCAUGUGCUUUACUCAGAGGAGCUUCCAUUUUCCAAGGAUGAAGAUUGUUUGGAACAACAGAUGCCAUAUUUGAGAGAAAGUCCUGUAACUAUACAGGAGUUAUCUCACUUUAAUAGAAAACCUUUGGAUCUUGUGGAGUCACCUGAAUCACUAGCCUCUAAAUUAUCUAGACUGAAGAGUUCUGAAAAAGAGACUCAAACAGUAGAGGUGAUGAAUUAUUUUAAUGACCUUCCAAAUUCAGAUUCCAAUAGGAAAAGACUGUGCAUUGCGUUAACCCAAGAUUUUUGUAACUUACAUGAAGAUGAGCAUAAAAAAACAGAGAGCAGUAUCAUCCCAAUGUCAGAUUCUGUCACACAGGAUAAUUCCUUUAAUAAAGACAGUGAGACAUAUUCUAACAACAAUACAACAGAGAACUCUGUGAUUCCAGAAACUCCUUUGGUAUUACCCUAUACUAAUUCUGAAGUUAUUAGUGAAGAUUCACAUGUUCUUCUCAGAGCUUCAGAACAACAGACAGGAAGUCCUGACUCUCCCAGUAGAAUGUUUAUGGGUCAAAUAGAAGAUUCCACAGGCACCCAAAAUGGAAUUUGUCUUCCAACCAAGGAAUCUAAAGCAACAUCUUGUCUGGAAAAUGAAGAGUCAAGUAUGUGUUCUUUGGAUUGGCAGCAGCAUUUUGAUGUAGCCCUAGGAAAAAUGGUUUACGUCAACAAGAGGACUGGACUCAGCACGUUUGUGGCUCCUACUGAGGAUGUUCUGACUCCUUGUACUAAAGACCUGACGACUGUGGCUGUGGAUGUUGUGCUUGAGAAUGGGUCUCAGUACAGGUGUCAUCCUUUUAGAAGCAACCUUGUUCUUCCUUUCCUUCCAAGAGCUCGAACAGAGAGGACUGUGAUGAGACACAAUGACAGAGAUACUGUGGAUGAUGCUGUUGGUAGCAAAUCGCUUCAGUCUUUAUUCUCAGAAUGGGACAAUCCAGUAUUUGCCCGUUAUCCAGAGGUUGCCGUUGAUGUGAGCAGUGGCCAGGCGGAGAGCUUAGCGGUUAAAAUUCACAACAUCUUGUUUCCCUAUCGUUUCACCAAAGAAAUGAUUCAUUCAAUGCAGGUUCUCCAGCAAGUUGACAACAAGUUUAUUGCCUGCUUGAUGAGCACGAAGACUGGAGAGAAUGGCAAGGCAGGUGGAAACCUGCUGGUCUUGGUGGAUCAACAUGCCGCGCACGAGCGUGUCCGUUUGGAGCAGCUCAUUAUUGAUUCCUAUGAAAAACAACAGCCGCAAGGCUCUGGUCGGAAAAAAUUACUGUCUUCCACUCUAAUUCCACCACUAGAGGUAACAGUGACAGAGGAACAAAGGAGACUGUUAAGGUUAGUACCACCACAAGAAUUUAUUCGAGAACAAGUGGAGCUACUCCAGACCACAGGAGGCAUCCAAGGGACGUUGCCACUGACUGUCCAGAAGGUGUUGGCAUCCCAAGCCUGCCAUGGGGCCAUUAAGUUCAAUGAUGGCCUGAGCCGAGAGGAGAGCUGUCAUCUUAUCAGCGCUCUUUCCUGGUGCCAGCUGCCAUUCCAGUGUGCCCACGGGAGACCCUCAAUGCUGCCACUAGCCGACAUAGACCACUUGGAGCAGGAAAAACAGAUUAAACCCAAUCUUGUUAAACUUCGUAAGAUGGCCCAAGCUUGGCAUCUCUUUGGAAAAGCAGGAUGUGAUACAAGGCAGAGCCUGCAGCAAUCCGUGCUCCCUUGUGAGCCGCCAUGAGAACAGAAUUACUAAUCUACAAGGAACCAAAAGGAUGCUGUGUGCAAAGAGCAGGAGUAGCAUGUACCAGCAUGGCGUAGGCUGAGUCAGCCCAGUGUACUCAAGCAACUUCAAGUUGGCAGGGCCCUUCAUGUCAGUUUUUCUUGAGCAGAUGAUCCCUCCAUAGCUGAAUAGCAGCUGGAACUUAAGUUUAAAGACAAUUCAUUCAUCUGCAUCAAUGGAUUUAGGAAGUUGCCAUAUACU